UUGUAAUCGUCUUCUGCUAGUCAGUGUUUUUAAUUUUCUAUUUCUGGCUGGUAAUAGAUUUUAAAAUUGUUCAUUUUCUCAUGGCUUUCUCUGAAACUCUUAAUAUUUUGGAAACAAGAAAUAAAAAGCAGUUGUCACUGCAAUUUUGUUGAUGACCGGCUAUGCAGAAGCAUGUGUAACAGGUUACAUCGUUCUUGUGGUUUCGUAGAAAAUACUUUUUCGCCCUGACUUCAAAUUUUACACUCUUAAAGAAGAAAUAUGGCUGGCAGAAGAAUUUUAGUUCUUUAUGGUAGUCAAACAGGAACAGCCCAAGAGGUUUCAGAAAGAAUUUGGCGAGAAGCGAAACUAUUCCACCUAUCAGGCCCUGUCCAAGCAAUGGAUGAGUAUCCCAUCACUCAAUUGCUCACUGAACAGUAUGUUGUGUUCGUGUGUUCCACCACUGGCCAAGGAGAAGAGCCCGAUAACAUGAAGAUGUUUUGGAAAUUUCUCUUGCGGAAAAACUUACCCACAAAUUCACUCAGAUCAUUAAAGUUUGCUGUUUUGGGAUUGGGUGAUUCUUCUUAUGCCAAGUUCAACUACGCAGCUAAAAAGCUCUUCCGACGCCUCUCGAAUUUGGGCGGGACAUCCCUGCUGCCUUUGGGCUUGGCAGAUGAUCAGCAUGAUUUGGGUGCUGAUGCUGUCAUAGAUCCUUGGAUUUCACAGCUUUGGGAUUGUUUCCUAAGAGAACUUCCAUUACCACCAGGGUUGACUGUUAAUCCUGAUAUCAAAAUAUCUCCCAGGUGGAGCAUUGAAAUAUUGGAAUCAAAUGAAGUGCUGAAACCCCCUCCCAUUCCUCAAAAGUUUAAAGCAUUCCAAUCAAAAGUAAAAUCUAAUGAUCGCACCACCAGUUCAACACAUUUUCAGGAUGUUCGUUUGAUAUCAUUCAAUGAUUGUCCAUCAGACAUGAGCUAUCAACCUGGUGAUGUGCUGAUGGUGAGGCCACAAAAUUUGCCUGAUAAUGUAAAACUGCUGAUGGACUUACUGACAGGAGACGAUGCAAAACUUGCUGGCUCAACAUUAUGUCAAGAAACAGUUUUCAGUGUUUCACAAAUUGAUCCAGACAUGGUUGUUCCUGAACCACUGAAAACUCCUCAAAGCUUAAUUAACUUAGUUACACACUACUGGGACCUAAAUGCUAUACCCCGCCGCUACAUGCUGAAGCUGCUUGCUGAAGUCACACCUAAUGAACUGGAGAUGGAGAAGUUACAAGAAAUGGCCAGUCCACAGGGUCAGGAGAUGAUGUUUGACUAUUUAAGUCGCCCUAAACGGACAAUUUUGGAGCUCCUGGCAGAUUUUCCGCAUGCUACAUCACACAUUCCUUAUCCACUUCUCUUUGAACUAUUCACCCCUAUCAGGCCUCGAGCUUUUUCAAUUGCAUCCUCUCCAGAGGCCCACAAAGGUGAAUUGCAUAUUCUUGUAGCUAUAGUGAAGUACAAAACAAAGCUACUUAAACCACGGUUGGGACUUUGUUCCAAUUGGUUGGCUUCAUUAAAGCCUGGAAAUGCUGUAAAUUUGUGGUUACAAAAGGGCUCUCUUCGUUUCCCUUCAAAACAGGAUGUACCUGUGGUAAUGAUUGGUCCUGGAACAGGUGUAGCUCCAUUCCGUAGUUACAUACAUCAACGAAAUUCAGAAGGCACAGCAUCUGCUGAAAUUCUACAUCUUUAUUUUGGAUGCAGAAAAAAAGAUGGAGAUUUUCAUUUUUCAAAGGAUUGGUUUGCUCUGCAGAAAGCAGGAAAAGUCACACUAAAUUGUGCAUUUUCUCGUGAUCAAGAAGACAAAAUAUAUGUUCAGCACUUGCUAUCUCGGGAUAAAGAAUUAAUGUGGAAAUUUUUAAGAGCCGGAGGAUAUGUUUUUGUGGCCGGGAACUCAAACAACAUGCCUACCAGUGUGCGAGAGGCAUUCAGGGAUUCAGCUGUAUCAUGUGGAGGACUGGGCAUUGACGCUGCAAAUGCCUUCAUUGACAAAAUGGAGAGGGAGGGAAGGUAUCAAACAGAAACAUGGGCCUAGCUAAAUUUGUUUUUUAAUGAACAUUUACGGCUUUGAAUUAAAUACUUUAUCCAACUAGAA